GAGGAGGAAGGUGGGAGGAAUAGAGAAGACCGAAGCAAAGCCAGCUGAAACACAGAAACCUUUGGCGUGGAGAGAAAACUUAUGCCCUUGCCUCUAUACAUCUCCACAUCAUAAAUGGAACCCAAUGGCACCUUCAGCAGUAAUGUCAGCAACAUGGACUGUUCAAUUGAAAACUUCAAAAGGGAUUUUUACCCCAUCGUGUACCUGAUACUAUUUGUCUGGGGAACCUUGGGAAAUGGAUUUUCCAUAUAUGUUUUCCUGCAGCCUUAUAAGAAGUCCACGUCUGUGAAUGUUUUCAUGCUAAACCUGGCCAUUUCAGAUUUUUUGUUCACAAGUACACUGCCCUUCAGAGUUGACUAUUACAUCAGAGGCUCCAAUUGGAUAUUUGGGGACCUGAGCUGCAGGAUUAUGUCUUAUUCCAUGUAUGUCAACAUGUACAGCAGCAUUUAUUUCCUGACUGUGCUGAGCAUUGUGCGUUUUCUGGCAACUGUUCAUCCCUUCCGGUUCCUCCAUGUGGCUAGUAUCAGGAGUGCCUGGAUUCUGUGUGUGGUCAUAUGGGUCCUUAUCAUGGCUUCCUCAGUAGUGCUUCUGAACAAUGGCUCUGAGCAGAAUGGCAAUAUCACAUUAUGCUUAGAGUUGAAUAUGAAUAAAAUUGUUAAACUGAAGACGAUGAACUACAUUGCCUUGGUGAUAGGCUUCAUGCUACCAUUCUGCUUGCUCAGCAUCUGUUAUCUGCUAAUCAUUCGAGUCCUGUUAAAGGUAAAGGUCCCAGAAUCUGGGCUGCGGGUUUCUCACAAGAAAGCACUUAUCACCAUCAUCAUUGCCUUGAUCAUCUUCCUUCUGUGUUUCCUGCCUUAUCACAUACUGAGAACCCUCCACCUGGUCAUGUGGAAAGUGGAUACAUGCAAAGACAAUCUUCAUAAAGCUGUGGUCAUCACACUGACCUUGGCAGCAGCCAAUAGCUGCCUCAAUCCUUUGCUCUAUUAUUUUGCUGGGGAAAAUUUUAAGGACAGACUAAGGUCUGCACUCAGAAAAGAUCACCCAUGGAAGACAAAGUGCAGCAUUCCUGUCUGCAUGUGGUUGAAAGAGGAAACACAAGUUUAA